GCCAGCCAGGCACCUUUGAGCGUUGCGAGCCGUGACGUGCGCGGGUCAGAAGCGCUCGUGGAGCUCUGCUGAGCUCGUCCCCGCUUCUUCGGAUCCACGAACCCCAAUCGAGAUGCUCGGCAUGAAGGAGCGCAAGAAUCGCAACAUCAAAGGGCUUCAGAUCUCCCAAGAUGCAGCCAAGCCAGGCACGAUCAUCGGACCCGCCACAGGCAGACUACGUGCAGACUCUAGCGCAGCCAAUGGGAGCCCUCGCGCGUCUACGAGUAGUGGUAGCUACGCUUCCGUCUCCGACUGCGACUGCCGCUCAUCGGGUCCCUCGACCUCAGACAAUCAAUCGCUCGCCAGCAGAUCGAGCUCAAGUAGCAGCAAUGAGAGCAAAGGUACCUACACGGAUCAGCUCAGCGAGCAGCUCGCGACGCUCGAGAUUGGACUCGAAGUCAAGCUUGACAUGAAGCCAGAGGAUAUUGUCAUCAUCUCUGAGCUUGGCGCGGGCAACGGAGGCACAGUCAGCAAAGCUCGUCACUUGCCAACUGGCCUCCAGAUGGCACGCAAGGUCGUCCACAUUGAUGCCAAGCCAUCUGUUCGCAAGCAAAUCCUUCGCGAAUUGCAGAUUCUUCACGACUGCAACUCGCCCUACAUUGUGUCCUUCUAUGGAGCAUAUCUUGCCGAGCCGACGAUCUGCUUGUGCAUGGAGUUCAUGGACAAAGGAUCCCUCGACAGCAUCUACAAGAAAAUCGGUCCAAUUUCACCCGAUGUGCUCGGUAAGAUCGCGUUCGCCGUCGUUACCGGCCUCUUCUAUCUGUACGAUGCGCACCGUAUCAUUCACCGAGAUGUCAAACCUUCCAACGUACUCGUCAAUUCGGCUGGCCAAGUCAAGAUCUGCGAUUUUGGCGUCUCCGGCGAACUCAUCAACUCCAUUGCCGACACUUUUGUGGGCACUUCAACGUACAUGUCGCCGGAAAGAAUACAGGGAGCGCCAUACUCUGUCCGUAGUGACACUUGGUCGCUCGGCAUCACCCUCAUCGAGCUCGCACUGGGUCGUUUCCCCUUUGCGCCGGAUGCAGACGACUCUGACGGCGAAAACGACGACGAUCAGACACUGUCGCCUGUCCAUCCGAGCGGCAAAGAUUCUUUCAUCGCAGAAGAAGCCGAACGACGCAAGCAGUCGAGACCGCCUAGGAGAUCCGCAGACGCAGGCACGCAGCGUCCUGGCGGUAUGGCCGGCCCUCGAGGUCACGGCAUGAGUAUCCUCGAGUUGCUACAGCACGUCGUCAAUGAGCCCGCGCCAACGCUGCCUGCUGGCAAAUUCCCUCGCGAGAUCGAGAGCUUCAUUGGCGCAUGUCUCGAGAAAGUCGUCGAGAAGCGUCCGACUCCCAAGCAACUUCUUGUGAGUCCCAUAACGUCCUGCUCGUGAAAGCAAGCACAGCAGAAGUCGAUCUCAGAGGAUGGGCCGAGACAAUCUAGACCGCAACUCGUA